AUGGAUGACUCCGUCAAAGAGAGUAUCCCGCCCCUCCUCUACCAAACAUCAGCUGCAGGGUCACUAAGCCCUGAGGACUUAGCUAAGCGCAUACAGUGUUAUAUAGUUCUUCAACUUGCCUGCGGUGCAGAUGGCAGUGGGGCUGGUCAGACGACAAGAUCUCAAAUUGGUGGACGACGUCCCGCGGGAAAGCAAAUUUCAAGUGCGAGGAUGAGGACCGCGGUAAGAAAUAUUGGAUGUGAAGAAAGUGUCAAACGCAGAGAAGGGAAUGGAUCAAACGGCGUGAAUUGGUCAAGGCGUAUGAACCACGCGUUGUGUGUUUCGCCGGUUCGCCUAGAGAACAAUUCUGAAGACGGUCAUGCGGGUUUUCGGAUUUUGGCGAGUUUCGCUCUCAUUUCGAAUGCGCGUCGCAUGCGCGAACAAACGUUAUUAAGCCCACAGGUGACAGCGGAGCUUCGUGUGGCUGGCAAGAACGUCUUGGGGUACAUCCAAUUGGGUGACCAGGAUUUCGUUGCUGCACAGUUCGAGAGACCUGAACCACCAAUUCCUUGGAGUUCUAUUAUGUUGGCAACAGCUCUGUUCGUCUUGGGCUCUUUAGGCAUUGUAUUUGGAUCUCUUCUUGUUGCUGGCGUUAUUUCUGACGAGAGUUGGUUGGAUAGAGGGAAACCAUUCCUAUUCCUUGGGGCAUUGUUAUUCAUUCCUGGCUUCUAUCAUGUACGACUGGCAUACUAUGCAUACAAGGGAUACGAAGGAUAUGAUUUUGAUCAAAUUCCAGAUUGCUAUAGCAGGAUCACUACUUUAGACACUUAUCCAGCUCCCAAGUCGUGGACUAUUAAUAUCUAUCCCGAAGAGGUGGUAGGCAUUGAUAAUGUGAAUAGCUGUUUGAACGAUGAAGUAUAA